UGUUUUCCAAAUCACUACUUCUACCAGUUUUUCUGUUGAAACUCAUUAAACCGACCAUUAGCAUUGUUGAUGGUUACACAGAGUCGAUCAAUUCGAUACCGUCGAUGGUCUCAUUGUCGACACACAACAACCUUCUAUUGUGCGGAGGAUCACUUAUCUCCAAAAGUUGGGUUCUGACUUCAGCGUUUUGUUUUUUCGACGGUAUCAAACCAAGCGACAUUAUUGUCCGACUAGGAUCGAAUUAUUCCACGGUCGAUGGCCAGACAUCGACCGUGGAAAAACUAGAGAUUCAUAGACAGUUUAACGUGAUCACCAGAGAUAACAACUUCGCAUUAGUCAAGUUAUCUAGAAGUUUCGACAAUAGUCCAACAAUAGCCUCUAUUGCACUGAGAGAACCAUUCCCCGAACUGUUUGUAGGUCAGGAAUGCUUUAUUUCGGGUUACGGAUGGACGGAACUCAACGGAGCUACUUCAGCAGAUCAUCGUCUAAGAAGUGCUUCAGUGAUAAUCAUCAACCAUGCCAGCUGCGUUCAAGAAAACCGUCCCACUAAAAUCACCACUAAGACGCUCUGUGCCACUGCACCUGGAAGAGAUGGAUGUGUGGGAGAUUCCGGUGGGCCAAUGAUGUGUAAUGGGAAACUCGCCGCUAUCAUUUCCUGGGGUAGAGGUUGUGCACAAGGCAAAUCAUUGGGAAUGUACGCUGACCCGAAUGAUGUCAGAAGUUGGAUUCAGAGCUAUGGAAUUACGCUUUCAUGAAUUGUUAGUAGUGAGGUUAGGGAUGAGAUUUACACCAUGUUGUAUAUAUUGGCAAUACUGACCGUACGAGUUCGCUGUUCUGCAUCUGAGAGAAAUUGUUAUAUAAUAAAUAAAAAUACGUCCUAGAUUUCACCUUAAACAUGUUUAUAAUAAUGAUAUCGCUUUCAGGACGGACUCCUAUAACUCUGACUCCUGCAUAAACUGCUCACAACCCCGUCGAAGGUUCUUA